AUGGAUUUUGAGGUGGUGGAUGACUCGGAGCAGCUUUUGCAUGGGCAGUUCACUUGCCCCCGGAUCCCAACACCCAUUUUGAUCUCGGCCGUGUACGCUAAAUGCUCGAGAGGCGAGAGGCUUGCACUGUGGGAAAAAAUGAGGGAGCUGACCCAAAUCUCGGAAGGAAUGCCGUGGUUUAUCGGAGGGGAUUUCAACACAAUCCUCUCCGCGAGAGACAGAACGGGGUGUGACACAAACCGUCUGGCCGAUAUGGUGGAAUUUGCUGAGGCUAUUGAAAAUUGUGGUCUUUUGGAUCCAGUGUAUGACGGAUCAGACUUUACAUGGGCUAAGAAUGGACUUCUGGAAAGGUUAGACAGGGUGCUGAUUAGUGAGGUGGCGUCUCAAUUGUUCGAUGCAAUACGAAUCACGAACCUUCCUCGUAUUGCAUCGGAUCAUGGCCCUCUCCUUGUCCGAUGCAAGAUGCCUAAUACCCCCGUGGGAGGUAAAGCUUUUCGGUUCCAAAACAUGUGGGUGCGACAUGAAGGAUUUAGCGAUUUGGAGAGGAAAGAUUGGGGGGCCCCCACGGAGGCGACGGGUCUCCUCAACUUGAAGCUCAAGCUAGCAAGGGUCAAGAGAACUUUUAAACGAUGGAAUAGAGAGCUCCAUCAUAAUGGGUGUGAACUCACGGAGGACUCGGCCAUCCAAGCGUCGGCGGUUGAGUUUUAUCAAAACCUUCUUGCCCCGAGCAACCCAGAACCCACGGACCCGGACCUUAGCCUCCUACUCCGACUUCCUCCCUCGGAGUCUUUGGCGACCCUCCCCGAACCUCCAGAUGCAGAUGAAGUGAAAAGAGCGGUUUUCGACAUCUCGGCCAAUAGUGCACCUGGCCCGGAUGGAUACUCGGCUCUCUUCUUCCAAGCUUGCUGGGGCAUUGUGGGAUCGGAUGUGGUGGAAGCGGUUAGACAAUUUUUCGGUGGGGCUUUUCUUCCCCGAAGUUUCACGGCCACAAGCAUUGUACUCAUCCCUAAGAAGCCUAUACCAGAGACCUGUGGAGACUACAGGCCCAUUAGCUUGUGUAAUGUGAUAAAUAAGGUGAUUACUAAGAUCCUCUCCAAGCGACUUGCCCCUUUUCUCCCGCGCGUGGUAGCUCCCAAUCAAAGUGGUUUUGUCAAAGGGAGACUUCUAAAUGAUAAUGUACUCCUUGCACAAGAGAUGUUCCAUGAGCUACAACGAAACACGCCGGCCCCUAAUGUUGCAAUCAAGAUCGAUAUGGCCAAGGCCUAUGAUCGGGUUCAAUGGUCGUUCCUCCAAAAAGUCCUUAAGCACAUGGGUUUCCCCGAGCCGUGGGUGGAUCUCAUCAAAAGGUGCAUUGGGUCUUGUUGGUUUUCAAUCCUUGUCCAUGGGGUGCCGGCGGGUUUUUUCAAAUCUACCCGUGGUCUAAGGCAAGGGGACCCCAUCUCACCCGCCCUUUUCGUCCUUGCCGCGGAUUAUCUCUCGAGACUACUUGAUAAACUCAUCCUCGGCAACAAAGAAAUGACGUUCAAAGCAACCCGGGGAAGGUGGACAAACACAAUACAAAGAGAAGGAGGCUUCAUCCGAGGUACGUUUCCCUUCCUUUACCUUGGAGUCCCUAUUUACCGGGGUGUGAAGCGUACGAGCAUGUUCUUGUUCCUCCGUGAGAAAAUCUCAGCUAGGAUCUCUGGGUGGGCGCAUCGACACCUCUCCUAUGGGGGGAGACUUACUCUGAUUAAAAGCACACUUGAAGCGAUCCCACUACAUAUUUUCCAAGCUAUCGAGCCUACGGGUGGUGCCCUCAAGCAAUUGGAUCAGCAAAUGGCUCGUUUCUUUUGGGGGUCAACUAAUGAAAAGAAGAGGACGCACUGGAUUAGCUGGGAUCAGGUCUGCCUACCAACGGCCGAAGGGGGCUUGGGCAUCCGGAAGAUCAAGGAAGUCUUAAGAGCCUUUAACAUCAAGUUAUGGUGGCGGUUCUGGGAACAAAAUUCCCUGUGGGCUACGUACUUGAUGGCUAAAUACUGCCAUAAGGUCUCCCCACUUACAGCUAGACCCUUGGGGAGGGGUAGCCCUACGUGGAAGAGGAUGCUGAAGGCUCGGCCUCAGGCCCAACCGCACAUUCAAUGGGUGGUGGGAGAAGGAAAGAUACUAUUUUGGGAUGACUUAUGGCUAGGAGAGGCUCCCCUGAGAGAACUUAGCCUUGACGAUAGAGGAGGGCCUCUUGCUCGUGUGGCGCACUAUAUUAAGGAUGGUUCCUGGGAUGAGCCUAAGCUGUGGAAUCUCCAAGCGCAAGCCGGCCUAGCACAGCACAUCGUCCAAAAGAUCAUCGACACACCCGUCAUUUCGGAUGGGCCGGUGGCAAUCAAGUGGCACCCGCCGGAUGACCCCUGGAUCAAGCUCAACACCGAUGGUGCAUUCUUGGAAGCGUCGGAUAAAGCCGCGGGAAGUGGUAUCAUCAGAGAUCAUACGGGCAAAGUGCUUUCAGCCUUCGCAUCCCCACUUGAGGCCCACUCCGCCCUUGAGGCGGAGCUCCUAGCCAUCCAACUCGGGUUAGAACUUGCCCUGGAGUUCAAUCGGCCUAUCUGGAUUGAGUCGGAUGCACAACAAGUGGUCCAGCUCCUUAAAGUACACGAUGGGGACCGGCACACACGAGCAGGGUGGUGGCGCGGAUCUUACUCCUCAAGCGCCAACGAGUUGUGCGCCUCACCUACACCCCUCGGGAAGGGAACAGGGCCGGAGACUUACUUGCAAAGAUGGGAAUUGACAGUCAAAACUACUGCCGUAUGA